CUCAAAUGUGAUGGGGCAAAGCCGGCAUGCAAAGCUUGCCUUGCAAAAGGAAAAGAAUGUAUCCCUCAGACCCCUACGCAACAGCCAAGGCCAACGAAUCGCCGGAUAAAAGAGCUCGAAGAGGAAAAUCAACGGCUUCGCCAGCUCCUCCAAGAGACCCAGAAAGAUCGACAAGAGACCAAUGUCAGCAGCAACCACUCGUCGUCAAGUGCACAGGUCGCCCUAGAAUCGACGCAGAGGCAAUGGUCAACUGAAGAUAGCCUAGAGCCUCCGGCAAGCUCUUCUAGAGAAGAAUUGGGCUCAGAGACUUCACCAAGUUUGCUUGCUGAAGCUCCGCAGAUGAAUCAAGCAAGCUACCAUGGGCCGACCAGCGUUUUAUUCGAUAAUUUAUCACGACUGAACGUGAAAGGAAGUGAUGAAGACUUUCCUACGAGCGAUUCACACAACAUCAGGUGUAUGUUAGUUGCAGAAUCAGCCAAACAGCGUAUGUAUCCCAUCUCUUUGAUUUGUUACGUCUUCGAAAUCAACUAA